CACGCGAUUAGCUGCUGGCUGGGCAGAGGUCACGUCCGCGUUAGCGCUGACGUUGUCCAAAGGAGGAAAAUGGCGAUGGGUUGCUUGUCAAUGAGGGACACCGCGACUCCUGCAACAUUAACCUGCAAAAGACGGCGUGCUACAAUGGUUCCCACGCUGUCUGGCGGAUUCAGCAGAAGCACUCUGCUUGUUUUAUCCGUGGCAUUAAUGUUGCAGGUAGUUUUAGGAGACGGAAAGACACUCGUUCUGCUGGAUAAUCCCAACAUCAGAGACACUCAUUCAAUCUUCUUCCGCAGUUUAGCAGAUCGUGGGUUUGACCUUACCUUCAAAACUGCUGAUGAUCCUGGUCUCUCUUUGAUCAAGUACGGCCAGUUCCUCUACGACCAUCUCAUCAUUUUCUCUCCAUCGGUGGAAGAUUUUGGGGGCAGCAUCAAUGUAGAGACCAUUACAGCCUUCAUUGACGGUGGAGGAAAUGUUCUUGUUGCUGCCAGCUCUGAUAUUGGUGACCCUCUGAGAGAGCUAGGCAGUGAAUGUGGGAUUGAAUUUGAUGAGGAGAAAACUGCUGUCAUUGACCACCAUAACUAUGACGCUUCUGAUCCUGGUGAGCACACCCUGAUUGUUGCAGAUCCAGAGAAUCUUCUUAAAGCCCCGACUAUAGUUGGCAAGCCCACUGAUAAACCAGUCCUGUUCAAAGGUGUUGGCAUGGUGGCUGAUCCAGAUAACUCUCUGGUGCUGGACAUUCUCACAGGAUCCUCCACCUCUUACUCCUACUUCCCUGAUCGCCCCAUCACGCAGUAUCCUCAUGCAGUUGGAAAGAACACCCUCCUGAUCGCCGGUCUGCAGGCAAGAAACAAUGCACGUGUGGUUUUCAGCGGGUCACUGCACUUCUUCAGUGAUGCUUUCUUCAACUCCCCUGUGCAGAAGGCCACCCCUGGUUCAACGAGGUAUGAACAGACUGGUAACCAGGAGCUGGCUGAGGCCCUGUCCCGCUGGGUGUUUAAGGAGGCUGGUGUUCUUAGGGUUGGGGCUGUUACCCAUCAUCCAGUUGGAGAGAGCACUCCCCCUGCUGCCUACACCAUCACUGACCUUGUGGAAUACAGCAUUGUGAUUGAGUUGUUGUCUGGUGGAAAGUGGGUGCCUUUUGAUGGAGAUGACAUUCAGCUGGAGUUUGUCAGAAUUGAUCCAUUUGUUAGGACCUACCUCCAGAAAAAUGGUGGAAAAUACAGUGUACAGUUCAAGCUUCCAGAUGUAUAUGGAGUUUUUCAGUUCAAAGUUGACUACAACAGACUUGGCUACACACACCUGUACUCCUCAACCCAGGUUUCUGUCCGCCCCUUGCAGCAUACCCAAUAUGAGCGCUUCAUCCCCUCUGCCUUUCCAUAUUAUGCCAGUGCCUUCUCUAUGAUGGCAGGACUCUUUGUUUUCAGUGUCGUCUUUCUACAUAUGAGAGAAAAAGAGAAGUCUGAUUAAAAUGAGAAUCAGUGAAGAGGAGUACAAGAAAAUGUAAAAAAAAAAAAAGCUGAUGGGCUUCGGACCUCUGGCAGUCAUGAUGAAUAGAGAUCUGAAAUUUGUUGGUAUGGGCUUGUUUUGGUGAGUUGGAGGGUGUGCCAUUACAAUUAAAAGCAACACUUGCACAUUUUUUGAAGGGGGUUUGGGUAGUCUAACAAAAGAUAUGUUUUUGUUUUCUGGUUUACCAUUUGUUAAUUUAAAGUGAUUUGGGGCACACUUCAUGUUUUAUUUGUACAAAAGGCAACUUGAAUUGGUUUUAUGAUACAACAUGCACUGAUGCUUUGGCUCUUGCUAUGAAAAGUUUGUUUUGAAAAUGACCAUUUGUAAAAAGAGGAAUGGAUGCUCACAAUGUGGUUAAUACACCUGAAGAUAGUAAAGUUUUAACAUUCCAA